AGCGGAAAAGUGCAGGUGGAUUGCAACGGUAAUUGCAGAAUGCAAUCCGCCGGAAAAUUUUGCAUAAACUUUUUGUGAAAUUUCAACUGUGUUCGUGUGAGUGUGCAGCAGCAGCGAGUUAGCAUGCGUGUGUGUGUGUGCGAAUGCGAGUGCGCUGGUAUUGAAAAAAUCUAUCUCUUCGCUACGCAUUUUCACCCCCGUUUUUGCGUAUUUGAUCCCUCUUCCUCUUCUUCUCUAUCCGCACAGCCGUCUAUGCGUGCGUGCGUGUGUGUGUGUGUGUGAGUGCGUUCUCUGCUUUCGUUUUUUAAUUCUUUGUUUAUAUUUACGUAUAGUUUGUUUGGGAGGCCCCGUUUUAUUGUUGUUACCCGGUGGCGGACGCUCUUCCCCGUUUUGAUUUAUCGCCCCGCCGUAUAAAUAGUGCCCGAUUCUGAUUCAAAUUUCGGUUCCGAGAUUCCCUAAAGCUCCCGCCGUCUGCUCCACCACACACACCGUCGUUAAUCAAAGUGUCUUAAUGUUUAUGACCAACUGCUAGCUGUCUAUCCCUUUCGGAAAAUUGCGAAAAUAUUGUAAAGAUUCGGAUUCGUUUAAUUGCGAUAUAUUGUCAGCGAAAUAUGUAUGUAUGUGUAUCGCAACGUCGAAAUAUUACUGCUGUUCCAUUGAGUUUUUUUCUAGACAGAAACGUUCAAAGAAUUAGUUUGCUUAGAUAAAAUCAGUUAAAUCCUUACUUAGGUCCACGAGAACAGAUAUAUUUCCUUAAGUUUACCCUCCUCAUUGCACUAAAAUGAAUCUCGAGUCUAUAUUAUCAUUAUCCUCAUUAGUCGCUAUGACAGCCUAACAUUUCAAUGGGUAUUUCCAUGAAAUUGCUACAAGUGAUGGACUAUAACGUGCUUAAUUCCACCAAUUCAUAACUAUUUUUCAGUAGAGAUUUUGUGUAUUGCACCUGCACCAUAGUGAUGUCUUGAUUGCCCCGUCCAUAAAUUUGACGUAAAUGGCGCUAUUUAGAACCGCGGGCACUUGCUGGCAUAAAUAUCUGAGCCGCAAUAUUUGUUUUCCAUAGAUACGCCUUUCCACUGGCUUUUCCGCUCGUUUGCUCUCUGGCUGCUGGGAGAUUUCCCCUCGGAACAGAUUUCCACCAGUUGAAUUUUGGCGCCCGCGUUGAUCGGUUGUGUAGUCGGAAAAUCUUUCGUUUGAUCUUGUGGAAAAUGUGCCGUGCAAAGGCGUGGGUCUAUUUUUAGACAACUUGCUGAUUUCCACACUCGCUGUGCUCUAAAUCAGAUUGGGCAUCGAUAACUGUCCAAUUAAUUGCACAUCGUCGGGGCUUUAAGGCCUUUCGACCGGAGGGGAGAUAUCCGGAAUCCGUGGAAUCGGUUAUGCAAUCCAUGAGCGAAUGAAAUGGCCAGCAAAUUUCAGAGGAAACCAUCUCCCGGCGGAGCAGGGGCCUUGGGAGGGGCAUCGAGUGUUUCCUCCACGCCAAGCAACCAGCCGCGCAAACGGGUGAAACGCUGCUGCCGGAACUUCGUCACCUUUAUGUGCACCCAGGUGGGCGUGGGCGCCCUGAUUGUGAUCUACGCCAUCUGUGGGGCAUUCGCCUUUAUGCACAUCGAGCGCCAGUUCGUGGACGAGACGGCUGGUCGGGUGAUGGAGCUGCGCCAGAACUUCUCCCAGCAGCUGUGGAGCAUCACGGAGCAGCACAACAUUAUCGAUAGAAGGCUGUGGACAGAGGCCACGAACGAGGUACUGAGGAACUACCAGGCAAAAAUAGCCGGAGUCGUCAAACACGGCUAUGUGGGCAGAAGUCCAGAGCAGAUCUGGAGCUUUCCGGCUGCCUUGAUGUUCUGUCUCUCGGUUAUAACCAUGAUCGGCUACGGCAACAUGGUGCCCCGAACUCCGUGGGGCAAAGGAUUCACCGUGAUCUAUGCCACUUUUGGCAUACCCCUGUACAUCCUGUACUUCCUCAACAUGGGCAGAGUGCUGGCUAGAUCGUUUAAGUUUCUCUACCGAUCCCUGCACGACUGCACCCAGGAGCACCCGCGCCUGGAUCGGAUGGACGCCCUCGAAGGUGGUGUCAGCAUGUCACGCAAAAAGGUCAUUGUACCGUCAACCGCUUGUCUGUGGGUCAUAUUCUUUUACGUCCUCACCGGCACCGUGAUGUUUGCCAACUGGGAGAGAUGGAGCUUGCUGAACAGCUUUUACUUCUGCAUGACGUCGCUGUGCAAGAUCGGAUUUGGCGACUUUGUGCCGGGUGCUUCGCUGACCACCACUGCGGAUGUGAAUGCGGCGACGCAAAAGUUGCAGGAAGACAUUUCAGCCGACCCUGCCGAGUUGGCUCAGCUGCAGUCCGUGGCCGCCGACCAGCACUCCAAAUUGGCCAUCAACUUUGUCUACAUGCUGUUGGGCAUGGGUCUAGUGGCCAUGUGUCGCAACCUGAUGCGCGAAGAGGUGCGCCUAAAGGCACGCGAGAUGCGCGAGGACGCCAAACUUUGCAUGGAGGACACCCGGCUGCGCUUCGUCGGCUGCUGCGGGAAUCCUAGGGAUGCGUACGAGGAUGACUACUACUAGGAUACAAAUAGGUCGUUAGGAGGGGCGAGUAAUUAACCAAGUUCCAAGCAACGGCGUCCCUUAAUUAGAUUUAUAUUUCACUAAUCCCAACUUGUUCUAUCUUAAAGGAAGAAAAAGAAGCAAGUGUAUUAUAAGAAGAUCGUAUUUACCUUUAGGGUUAAAAGCCAGCAAUGAAGUGCAUCAUAGAUUUUGGACAUCAGUCAUCAGUUAUUCUAGUUAGAAGUUCUUAUAAUUUGACAAUAUGGGAAUGUUUUCAUGUUGCUGUGAAAAUGAUGCUGCGUCUGGAUAAUCCGUCAUAUAUCGUGCCCAGCAAGUAAUCCCCUAUGAACAUAUUCAAUC